AUGCAGCGAUAUGAAGUCGGUAAAUGGAAGUACAUGCCCAGGGCCAAGGCCUUGUAUCGCCACCGCCGAGACCAUGUCAUCUGCUUCCUUUGGAAGAAUUUCCAUGAAAGGGACAGCAUGGAAGAAUACUCCAGCUGGAUCUCGGUGGAGACUUAUGGUUCUCUGGAAGCUAUACUCGUUGUUUACGAGUAA